AUGGAGCUCAAAUACAUCAUACUUUUCUUGCUCUCAACCACAUCUUUCCUGGAAAAUGCAACUGCAGCUAGGGACCUGCCCAUUGAACAGGGCUUGUUCGCCACACUGGAAUCCGAUGGAGGUUUGGUAGAUUGCUGGAAUGCGCUGGCGGAGAUUAAAACAUGUUCGAAUGAGAUUAUUGUUUACUUUGUAAGCGGCACCACCAAUAUAAGCCCUCCCUGUUGCAAAGCCAUUAGUAUGAUCACUCACCAUUGUUGGCAUUCCAUGUUGACUGCCCUCGGUUUCACAACCGACGAAGACAACGUGCUUCGAGGCUACUGUGAUGGCUCCUCUGCCCCUGCAGCUGCUGCUACUCCGCCAGUCCAACCUCCGGUAGAUUUAAUGGGUGAUGUUUUAGUCUGA